AUGCCGACGAGAGAGGAGAAAAAGCUGGGCGAUCGUUUGGCCCAACGUAAGGGACUCCUUGCGAUUCGCAAUGCAUUGGAGAAGUUUGUUCGCGAGUACGAUCACGAUCGCGAUGCCAGUCAACUGUGUGUACGAUUGGACUCGUUGGAUCAAUUGAACGCAAAUUUUUUGGAGUGUCAGGAUGCUAUUGAACAGUUGGAUAAACCGGAAUCACUGGAUGACCAUAUCGUCGAACGUGUGGAGUUCGAACAGCAGUACUGCAAGGCAAAGGGCUUUCUACUUACGAAACGCACUGGGGAUCAAAAUCAGUCGAUGAACAAUUCUAUGCUGGCUCCGCAACAUUUCACUCCAAACUUCCACCUCCGUCUACCAAAAAUAGAUUUGCCGAAGUUCAACGGGGAUUUUUCUCGUUGGAUUUCAUUUCGGGAUACAUUUACGUCAAUGGUCCAUGCAAAUGGUGAUAUACCUACAGUUGCCAAAUUGCAGUAUCUUCUCCAAUCUCUCGAAGGGGAUGCCAAGAAACCCUUCGAAUCAGUUGACAUCGAAGCCGACAACUACGCUACAACAUGGGACGCUCUGAUCAAGAGGUACGACAACCGGCGAUACCUCAAAAGGCAACUCUUUCGGGCAUUGUACGACUUACCAGCAGUUAAGCAGGAGUGUGCGAAACGCAUUCACGGUUUGGUCGACGAUUAUCAACGUCAUGUUCGCGCCCUCGCCAAACUGGGUGAACCCGUGAAUCAUUGGGACACGCCGCUCAUCAAUUUACUUUCGUACAAACUGGAUCAAGGAACGCUACGAGCCUGGGAAGAGAAGGCAAGUCAACGGGACGACGUGACAUACGAGGAACUGUUCGAUUUUCUCUAUCAACGAGUUCGGAUUCUCAAUUCCGUCGGGCCUGAUUCACAACCAUUCGCCUCAAUGAAGGUGGCCGGCAUCCAUAAUAAAGGAUUCAAGUCAAAGGUAUCAGCUAAUGCAGCAACAGCUUCGUCUCCACAGUAUUCAUGUCCACUGUCGUGUUCAGACAGUCAUUCGAUUCGAAACUGUCCUGUGUUUCUUGGGAAGGAUGUCAGCCAGCGACGCAUGCUGGUUUCCCAGAAACGAUUAUGUUGGAACUGCUUAAGCUUCGGUCACCAAUCCAAGAAGUGUGGUUCCAAAUUCACUUGUCGAACUUGUCACGACAAACAUCAUUCUCUCCUGCACGAUCCUGCUCCAAUGAAAGUAUCAUCGACACCUGCCAUUCUAUCAAGUUCAGUUGAGUCUCGAAGUUUUACCGUGUCACCGAAUCUUGCUGUACCAUCAGCUUCCCCGGUUCAACAAUCGCUUCCUUCCACGUCACCAAUCGUGGAACCUUCUGGCUCCCGCCAAGUCAGCAUGGCAGUCCAAACUGCAUGCACCAUGACAUUGCUGGAAACGGUUGUUCUUAACAUUAUCGACGAUUACGGUAAAACGCACAAGGCCCGAGCUCUCCUCGAUUCAGCAUCGAUGUCGAAUUUCAUUUCGAAACCGCUAGCUAAGAACCUCUACAGUCGCCGAUCAACAGUCAACGUGUCCGUCGCAGGCAUUGGAUCAUCCACACAGAAGGUCAGUACUGCCAUUACCGCAACCAUCGAGUCGGGAGAUCGAACGAUCUCGAUGAAAUUGCAGUUUUUGGUAUUGAAGCAGCCAUCAUCGGAGCUGCCAACAACGCCGAUUGACAUUUCGGCAUGGAAAAUUCCGGAUGUAAGGCUAGCAGAUCCUCAGUUCAGUAUUCCCGGAAGUGUCGACCUCGUCAUCGGCAGUGAAACUUAUUGGGAACUCCACACGGGUAGGAAGAUUUCUCUAGGUGAAGGUCUUCCGUGGGUAGUCGAAACCCCAUUUGGUUGGGCGGUUACUGGUCCCGCAGCUCGCACGGCUACCUGCAUUCCAAGAUUCUGCUAUCUCUCCACCGUAGAUGAACGGCUGGAAUCCACUCUACAAAGGUUUUGGGAAAUGGAAACAAUUCCAUCGGAGCCGGUCCAGUCUACCGAAGAAAGUCGUUGUGAGGAGCUGUACGCUGCAACGACUACGCGCGAUUCAUCAGGAAGGUACGUUGUGCGUCUCCCACGGAUUGAAGAUCCCGAAAUCAUGCUCGGAGAAUCGAGAUCAAUAGCAGAUCGACGCUUUCUGAGCUUGGAACGUCGACUCGAGCGAGAUCCUCCGACCAAGGACUCGUAUCAUAGGUUCAUGGAGGAGUAUCUGCAACUUGGACACAUGAAGAAGGUGGAAGAGCCUGCAGAUGACCACAUUCAACACUGCUAUAUUCCACAUCACGUCGUCUUCAAGGAAUCCAGUACGACCACGAAAGUCAGGGUUGUCUUCGACGCGUCAUGCAAGACUUCAUCGGGCUAUUCCUUGAACGAUACUCUGCUUGUUGGACCUGUUGUUCAGCAAGAUCUCUACUCGAUCUAUUUGAGAUUCCGGACAAGAGUUGUCACCAUCGUAGCAGAUGUCGAGAAGAUGUAUCGACAAGUGCUGCAUCAUCUGAUCGACCUAGUAUUCCUCCGCAUACGAUAUCGUAGAAGUCCUACCGAUCCAAUCGCCACAUACGAACUACAAACUGUCACCUACGGAACAGCAAGCGCUCCUUAUUUGGCAACGAAGACACUUCAGCAGAUCGCGAAGGAUCAUGAGCAUUUGUAUCCCGCUGCAGUCAACUCGGUUGUUGAAGAUUUCUACGUCGACGAUCUUUUGUCUGGAGCAUCGGAUGUGGAAGCUGCGAUUAUUCUCCGCCGAGAAAUCACUGCCAUGCUUAGUUCCGCUGGGUUCAUGCUGAAGAAGUGGGCGUCGAAUGCCCAUGAAGUGCUAGAGGAUGUUCCACCAGAGGAUCUUGCAAUUCAGCCUAUCCAUGAUCUACAGGAUGAGCAGACAAUCUCCACACUUGGUCUACUUUGGGAGCCAACCGCCGAUAUGCUACGGUUCAAGGUUGAAUUACCUCUUCCUGCUGCCAUCCUUACAAAGCGGAAAGUGAUGUCGUAUAUAGCUCAAAUAUUCGACCCACUGGGAUUAUUGGGUCCAACGACAACCAAGGCAAAGCUCUUCAUGCAACAUUUGUGGACGUUGAAGCGCAAUGGUGUUUCCUGUGAAUGGGAUUCUCCACUACCAGAGAAACUUCAAGCCGAUUGGAAGCAGUUUCACUCCACCCUCCACAUUCUUGCUGAUAUCCGUAUUCCUCGAUUGGUGUUGGCUUCCGGAGUCAACAAUAUCCAGCUGCAUUUCUUCGCCGAUGCAUCCUCCAUUGCAUACGGUACGUGCUGCUACGUUCGCACGGAAUCAAUGGUAGGAGUAUUUGUACACCUUUUGACAUCUAAGUCUAAGGUCGCCCCGUUGUCUACACAUAAUUCCAUCGCUAGACUUGAGCUCUGUGCCGCUCAUCUAGCUACUCAACUUUACAAGAAAGUAGAAGCGACCUUGAAGGUUUCAGCAACGGCAUUCUUUUGGUCGGAUUCCAGUACCGUGCUUCAGUGGUUGCGUGCAUCUCCAAAUCGCUGGAAGACAUUCGUCGCCAAUCGCGUGUCUAAGAUCCAGACCACCACGGAUAUCAAUCACUGGAGACACAUCGCAGGCUUAGAGAAUCCUGCGGACGAUAUUUCCCGUGGCCUAAAUCCAACGGAUAUUCUGCACCGUUAUCGGUGGUGGCAUGGCCCACCAUGGUUGUCGCAAACUCGCGAUCUCUGGCCCAGGACCAUCAUCGAUCAGGAGUACUCCCCCGCAGCGUCCGAAGAAGGGCGCAAAAUUCCGAUUGUUGCAAUGACUGCUGCACAAGCAACUCUCUGUGAGGAUUUGUUCGCACGGUACUCCAGCUACAGCAAACUACGCCGAGUCUUGGCAUUCUGCGAACGCUACCUACAGUGCCUGAAAGAUCGUUCUCUCCUGCGCAAAUCCGAUCCCAGUUUCGCUGAACUAGUAGUACUUCAAGGAGAUAAAGCCGCAUCCGUUUCACGAGUUACCACCACCGAGCUUCAACACGCCGAACAGCUACUGUGCCGUUUAUCACAACGCAAAGCUUUCGCUAAGGAGCUCUCCGAUCUUGCAAAUGGCGAACGCGUCAUUAAGUCAUCUUCACUCAAAUGGCUGAACCCGUUCGUAGACCAAAACGGUAUCAUCCGCGUCGGUGGUCGUAUCCGUAACGCCGCGUUGUCCGACGCAAUCAAACACCCGAUCGUUCUGUCCGCUAAACAUCCGCUGUCUGCUCUGUUGGCUAGCAGUUACCACCAAAAGCUACUGCAUGCAGGUCCACAACUCCUGCUAGCCACUCUCCGCCAGAAGUUUUGGAUUCUGGGCGGCAGAAACCUCAUAAAAUCCGUCUUCCACCAAUGCCACACUUGUUUUAGAAGCAAGCCAACUCUAGUCCAGCAGAGCACAGCCGAUCUGCCGGUAUCGCGAGUUUCGCCGACGUGUCCGUUUUCCGUGUGCGGUAUCGACUACUGUGGACCGUUCUACAUCAAGUCAGUAGUUCGAAAGCGUGGUCCUACAAAAAUCUACGUGGCCAUAUUCGUUUGCUUCUCAACCAAAGCUGUUCACAUCGAGUUAGUGAGCGAUUUGUCAACUCCUGCUUUCCUAGCUGCACUACGUCGUCUAGUCGCCCGCCGAGGAAAAGUCGUCGAGCUCCAUUCUGACAAUGCUACUGCCUUCAAAGGUGCUUCGCAUGCCUUGAAUAGGAUUUACCGAAUGCUAAAGAUUGAAGCUGCUGACCGUGCGCAAAUCUUCGAUUGGUGCUCCGAAAAUGAAAUCGUCUGGAAGUUUAUUCCACCCCGAGCUCCACACUUUGGAGGCCUCUGGGAAGCCGCUGUCAAAUCUGCGAAAACGCAUCUGCUGAAGACCGUUGGUAACGUCAACUUAGCCUACGAGGACCUGUUGACAUUGUUAGCACAAGUCGAGAUGUGCCUCAACUCUCGUCCGCUUACGCCGAUACCCGAGGACCCAUCUGACCUAAAGUCCUAA